AUGGAAGAUGCGAAACAGAUGCCUAAAGAUGCAUCUCUUUUGGACUUCGUAACAUCUCUGAUACUAGGAUUAAGCGCAAAUGAUGAUGAGGCAAGACUUAAGUCAAUUCUUCACGAUGGCAGCAAUAAAUUUACCGCCAACAUGUUUAAUGUGCUAUCAGGAUUUUCUGUUAUGCCGCUUCUGGGUCAGCUAGCCCUAGCGUCUGUAGGUGAAUCUCAUGAUGAACUUCUUAACAGUAUGGGAUUGGCUAAUGAUAACGACACCAAGGCUGUCUUUUCGUAUACUAAUACCUUAGUGCGAUCAGUAAAAAACGUAACAUUAAAGUCUGCCAACAAAAUCUACAUACGAAAAGGUUAUGAAUUAAACAAAAGUUUUGCUGUCGUUACGCGAGACGUAUUUGGAUCUGAAGUACAAAACAUUGACUUCAGUAACAAUGUGGCUGCAGCGAAUGAAAUUAAUCAAUGGGUUGAAGAGCAAACAAAUCAUCAAAUUAAAGAUUUGGUUGAACCUGACAGCUUUAAUGGAGUCACUAAAUCUGUUCUAGUUAAUGCAAUAUACUUCAAGGGCACUUGGCAACAUAAGUUCUCUAAGGAAGCAACAUCAGAUAAAGAUUUUCACACGAUUUUCAGCAAGAGCAAGACAACCAAAGUUAAAAUGAUGUAUAGAAAAGGUUAUUAUAACUAUGCAGAAAGUAAUGAACUGAAAGCUCAGAUUCUCGAGCUUCCGUAUGAAGGAAAUGAAAUGUCUCUUGUUGUUAUUCUACCACGUGAUUUUGAUGGAAUAAAUGAGCUAGAAGAAACAUUAAAAGAUCCUUCAGCUUUAAACAGUGCUCUUAAUGAUAUGUAUCAGAAAGAAGUCGAAGUUUACCUACCUAGAUUCAAAAUUGAAACUAAAACAGACCUGAAAGAACUUCUUAAAAAUUUGAACGUGAAGAAACUAUUUAACUCAGGUGAAGCAAGAUUAGAUAACCUUUUAAACGGUGCUACUGAUUUAUAUGUAGACUCGGCUACACAAAAAGCAUUUAUCGAAGUCAACGAAGAAGGAACAGAAGCCACUGCUGCUAACGUUUUCCCUAUUUGGUUGAUGCCUGCACUGCCUCCAAGUCCAUUAUUAAUUGAAAUAUUUUGUUCAAUGGAGUCUACUUUACUUAGACCAAAUUGUGACCUUACAUCCGGGAGGAAAUUUCAGUGCUUCAAAGCAAACGUU